AUGUUAACUUUGAUGAUAGCAAUGAACUUGCUUGUUUUUGUUAAACAAGGACAUGCUGUUGAAAUAAAUUGCAAAUAUUCAUCUGACUUUGAUUGGUUUACUGUUGGGAAGGUGUACACGUGCUCAGUACAACAGAAACUUGAUGCACUUCAUACCGACAGUGGGGUCAUAGGUGUAAAUGGAAUUCACAAUGGAAAGAAAAAGAACAAAGAUGUGAAAGCUAUUCGUAUCUUUAAUCGGAAUGUAUAUUAUUUUUCAUCGGGUUAUGAUAAAUAUUUUACAAAUAUUGAAGUUAUUCAAGUUUAUGGAUCAAAAUUAAAAAUCAUUAGUCAAAAGGACUUGAUGCCAUUCACAAAAUUAAAGCAUAUUGAUUUGUGCAAAAAUGACUUGGAAGAACUCGAAAAGGAUUUAUUUAAAUUUAAUCAAUUGUUGGAAGUUAUUAAAGUUUCUGACAAUAAAUUAAAAUUCAUUGAUGUUACAGCAUUUGAAGGACUGUACCAACUUCAUACUUUGGAACUUAAUGGAAAUCACUGUAUAUGGAAGUCAACAGGAGCAAGAGAUAACUUAGAAGAAGAUGAAGAAAUUAGUCGAGAAGAGGCUAUUGAUAUUAUGUAUGAAGCUCGAACAAGAUGCUAUCGUGACUAUAUUCUCAGAGAAUUAUAUGAAAUGGAGAUGGGAAAAUUUUUGAAGGAACGAAGUGAAGUAGUCGUAAGUUUGCAAUCAAAAAUUGAUGAUUUGACAACGGAAAAUGAUAUAUUUUAUGACAGAAUGAGAAAGUAUAAAGAUGAACUUGAUAUUUGUUUAUCAAAAGAAAUCAACAAACCAUCGGAAAUGAUGGAAAUGACUCAAAUGAUGCAGAUGCUGAAUCAGAUGAAUAUGGAAUCAACAACUGUUUCUUCUAAAGGAAAUGGCAAUGGAGAAACUAAUGGAAAUGGAAAUUCAAAUAUAAAAUCAACCAAUCAAAUGCAAUUUCAGCCAAAUGAUCAAAAUAUGAAUAUGCCACAACCAAACGCAGGGAGUCCACAGUAUCAAUGGGAUCGAUGGGAAAAAAAUGAUAGAUCAAUUAAUGAAGCUUCCUCAAAUUACAGGCAAAAUUCUUAUUACACUAAUAGAGGAUAUCAAUGGAGAUAUUAA